AUGAUUUUUUUUCGAGUCGAAGCUUUGAUUUGUGCUUUAUCACUCGUGGUCCUUUCUGGCGCCCAUAGAGCCAUUCGUCCCCGGGCUCUACCCUCAAGCCAAACUGCGACCUCCGAUGCUCUUCAGCCUGCACGCACCAACACUUCCAGCAUCAGCACCCGCGCAACCUACGUACCCGACCAUCGAGACUGGGAAUACCUGAAUGGCAUCCCCUGGUGGAAAACGGAUGCAACACAGCAAGAUCAUCUCCGUUUCCACGCCUACCUUUCAAUGGCAGCCUAUGGGGACUACGCAGCUCUUUGUCCAAGCACAUUCCCCAAAGGUUUCACAGUACUAGAAAACUUCAACACCGAGGACGGUCAAGCUGGGUUCACUGCGUUGAUACCCGAUAUGGACAAAGUCGUAAUCGUAUUCCGAGGCUAUGAAGAUUACAGGGCUCUCGAUUGGAGUGAAGCCUCGAUUGAGGAUUUGGUCACGCACUGUCAGGGAUGCACGGUUGCUGCAGGAGUCAAAAAGCUCUACUUGUCCGCAAAAGCAGCUACCAACAACUGGCAAGUGGCCAAGAAGGCAGUCGCCGCCCAUUGUGUAGUUCUUGAUCCGAGCCAGCCCGAUAAAAAGAAGUGUAUAAAAUUCUCUGUAACGGGCCACGCAAUGGGUGGAGCUGUAGCAGCUCUGGCCGCAAUGGAUCUGGGGGCAACGGGUGAUGUUCACUAUUCGCACAACCAAGCGAUGGCUCGUGUGUUUAACUAUGCUUCGGUGGUCCGAUAUGAUAACUUGUUCCAAGCUUUGGCGGGCCAGAGCAUAGUUGCAAAGGAUGAUUACAUGGUUCAAAUAAUUCCACUAGGAAAAUUUAGCCAUGUUGGCACGAAAGUCGUAAUCUUGGGUGAAAUGCAACAAUGGUUAAUAAAUUGCUACGGAAACAAUGAAAACUCAACCUGCCUCGGGACUGGUAACAAUUAUGCAAUCCAUGACAACUAUUUCACCCCCAAGGGACAAUGUGGUACUGCCCACAAAGCGUGGUAA